UGAUUGUUGAAAACAAGUGGUUACUUUCAAGCCCGAGGUCAAAGUCUUAGGUUAUGACACAAAGUAAAAGAAUUUACGUCGUAAAACUUGUGAAAACACGUAAAAUAUCUCAACAUUUAUCUCUGCGAGUCUUCAAAACUACUUUAAAUCAUGGAGGAUCACGAUGAACCCAAUCAAGAAAAUGCUGAAUUAUUGCCACUGCGGUCCAGGGAAUGCCUGGAGCGCUCUUAUGUGCGAUUCGUAAACACCACAAAUAGAACCAUAGAGAUUAUCUGGUUGAACUAUACCGGGCAACGUAUCAGAUAUCAACUAAUUGGAGCCAGAUCUUAUGCAAACAUAGACACAUUCAAAACGCAUCCUUGGAUUGCCCAGGAUGUGCUCACAAAGGAUCGAAUGUGGUUAGAGCGCCAGUAUGUUUAUCAACCACAAACAACCAGGGAACACUUAAAUAAUGCAAACCCCAAUAUUGUGUACCCCAUACCCCCGCCGGAAGUCCGAAAAGUCGUGGCAAUAACGCUGCCGAUGCUCACAUUGCGAUACCAUGCGUUAUUAACAAUCCGGAAUUUAUUCGCGCAACCGGAAGCAGUAGACAACUUGGAACUACCCAGAGAUUUAAAGGAGGAUCUAAAGAAAGUGAUAAUUUUACGUAAUCGCCGACUGGCGACUUCAGCAUUAACCGUAGCAGCGUGAUAGCAUGUUUUUCUACUAUUAAUUUUAAGUUAGUUUUUGGGCGCGCAUGUGUUGAGUUCAAAAAAUCAAUUUUACUAUUUGAAAUAGUCGGUACAUAAUGAAACAGACACAUCGAUUGAGCAUAUUAUUUUGUGUUACAAAAGUUUUACAAACGUACUCGUUCGCUCGCUCUCAAAAAUUCCACCUCCCCCGACCCUCUCACGCUAGUAGUAGUCAUCCAUAAUCCAUACGAUGAUUAAAUAAAGAAAACAAUGUUAAUCAAAGCAAAGUAUACGAUGGAAUAAAUACAUCUUGAUAGUUUUUUCACUUCAA